AUGGACGUAAAGGACAGGCGACAUCGCUCUCUGACCAGGGGACGGUGUGGCAAAGAGUGCCGCUACACAAGUUCCUCCCUGGACAGCGAAGACUGCCGUGUGCCCACGCAAAAGUCCUAUAGCUCCAGUGAGACUCUGAAGGCCUAUGACCACGACAGCAGGAUGCACUAUGGAAACCGAGUCACAGACCUCGUUCACCGGGAGUCAGAUGAGUUUCCAAGACAAGGAACUAACUUCACCCUUGCGGAAUUGGGAAUGUGUGAGCCCUCCCCACACCGAAGUGGCUACUGUUCUGACAUGGGGAUCCUUCAUCAGGGCUACUCUCUGAGCACAGGGUCUGACGCCGACUCCGACACAGAGGGAGGGAUGUCUCCAGAACACGCCAUCAGACUGUGGGGGAGAGGGAUAAAAUCCAGACGCAGUUCCGGCCUGUCCAGUCGUGAGAACUCAGCCCUUACUUUGACCGAUUCUGACAACGAAAAUAAGUCAGAUGAUGAGAACGGUCGUCCCAUUCCACCUACAUCCUCGUCUAGCCUCCUCCCAUCUGCUCAGCUGCCUAGCUCCCAUAAUCCUCCACCAGUUAGCUGCCAGAUGCCAUUGCUAGACAGCAACACCUCCCAUCAAAUCAUGGACACCAACCCUGAUGAGGAGUUCUCCCCCAAUUCAUACCUGCUCAGAGCAUGCUCAGGGCCCCAGCAAGCCUCCAGCAGUGGUCCUCCAAACCACCACAGCCAAUCGACUCUGAGGCCCCCUCUGCCUCCCCCUCACAACCACACUCUGUCCCAUCACCACUCGUCUGCCAACUCCCUCAACAGGAACUCACUGACCAACCGGCGGAGCCAGAUCCACGCCCCAGCUCCUGCACCCAAUGACCUGGCCACCACACCGGAGUCCGUUCAACUCCAGGACAGCUGGGUGCUAAACAGCAACGUGCCACUGGAGACUAGGCACUUUCUCUUUAAAACCUCCUCGGGAAGCACACCCCUGUUUAGCAGCUCUUCUCCGGGAUACCCUUUGACCUCAGGAACCGUUUACACGCCACCACCCCGCCUGCUGCCCCGGAAUACCUUCUCCAGGAAGGCCUUCAAGCUGAAGAAGCCCUCCAAAUACUGCAGCUGGAAAUGUGCCGCCCUGUCCGCCAUUGCCGCAGCCCUCCUUUUGGCGAUUCUGCUGGCAUACUUCAUAGCAAUGCAUCUGCUCGGACUCAAUUGGCAACUGCAGCCGGCAGAUGGACACACCUUUAACAAUGGGAUAAGGACCGGCCUACCAGGAAGCGAUGAUGUGGCAACAAUGCCAUCUGGAGGCAAAGUGCCCUGGUCAUUGAAAAACAGCAGCAUAGACAGUGGUGAAGCAGAAGUUGGUCGACGGGUGACCCAAGAAGUCCCACCAGGCGUGUUUUGGAGAUCACAGAUUCACAUCAGUCAACCCCAGUUCUUAAAGUUCAAUAUCUCCCUUGGGAAGGAUGCUCUCUUUGGUGUUUACAUAAGAAGAGGACUUCCACCAUCCCAUGCCCAGUAUGACUUCAUGGAACGUCUGGAUGGGAAGGAGAAGUGGAGUGUGGUUGAGUCACCCAGGGAACGCCGGAGCAUACAGACCCUCGUUCAAAAUGAAGCCGUGUUUGUACAGUACCUGGAUGUGGGCCUGUGGCACUUGGCCUUCUACAAUGAUGGCAAAGACAAAGAGAUGGUUUCCUUCAACACUGUUGUCUUAGAUUCAGUGCAAGACUGUCCACGUAACUGCCACGGGAAUGGCGAAUGUGUGUCCGGGCUAUGUCACUGCUUCCCAGGAUUUCUAGGAGCAGACUGUGCUAAAGCUGCCUGCCCCGUCCUGUGCAGUGGAAACGGACAAUAUUCCAAAGGGACGUGCCAGUGCUACAGCGGCUGGAAAGGCGCAGAGUGUGAUGUGCCCAUGAAUCAGUGCAUCGAUCCUUCCUGCGGGGGCCAUGGCUCCUGCAUUGAUGGGAACUGUGUGUGCUCCGCUGGCCACAAAGGCGAGCACUGUGAGGAAGUUGAUUGCUUGGAUCCCACCUGUUCCAGCCAUGGGGUCUGUGUAAAUGGAGAAUGCCUUUGCAGCCCUGGCUGGGGUGGUCUAAACUGUGAGCUGGCAAGAGUCCAGUGCCCAGACCAGUGCAGUGGGCAUGGCACUUACGUCCCCGACACAGGUCUCUGCAGCUGUGAUCCCAACUGGAUGGGUCCCGACUGCUCUGUUGAAGUGUGCUCAGUAGACUGUGGCACUCACGGCGUCUGCAUCGGGGGAGCCUGCCGCUGUGAAGAGGGCUGGACAGGCGCAGCUUGUGACCAGCGCGUGUGCCACCCCCGCUGCAUUGAGCACGGGACCUGUAAAGAUGGCAAAUGUGAAUGCCGAGAGGGCUGGAAUGGUGAACACUGCACCAUUGGUAGGCAAACGGCAGGCACCGAAACAGAUGGCUGCCCUGAUUUGUGCAACGGCAACGGGAGAUGCACGCUGGGUCAGAACAGCUGGCAGUGUGUCUGCCAGACCGGCUGGAGAGGGCCCGGAUGCAACGUUGCCAUGGAAACCUCCUGUGCUGAUAACAAGGAUAAUGAGGGAGAUGGCCUGGUGGAUUGCCUGGACCCUGACUGCUGCCUGCAGUCCGCCUGUCAGAACAGCCUGCUCUGCCGAGGGUCCCGGGACCCCCUGGACAUCAUUCAGCAGGGCCAGACAGACUCGCCUGCCGUGAAGUCCUUCUAUGACCGCAUCAAGCUCUUGGCAGGCAAAGACAGCACCCACAUCAUUCCUGGAGACAACCCCUUCAAUAGCAGCUUGGUUUCUCUCAUUCGAGGCCAAGUAGUAACUACAGAUGGGACUCCUCUGGUUGGUGUGAAUGUGUCUUUUGUCAAGUACCCAAAAUAUGGCUACACCAUCACCCGCCAAGAUGGCACGUUUGACCUGAUUGCCAAUGGGGGUGCCUCCUUGACCCUGCACUUCGAGCGAGCCCCAUUCAUGAGCCAGGAGCGCACCGUGUGGCUGCCAUGGAAUAGCUUUUACGCCAUGGACACCCUGGUAAUGAAGACUGAGGAGAACUCCAUCCCCAGCUGUGACCUCAGUGGCUUUGUCCGACCAGAUCCAAUCAUCAUCUCCUCCCCGCUGUCCACUUUCUUCAGCGCCGCCCCUGGGCAGAAUCCCAUCGUGCCUGAGACCCAGGUUCUUCAUGAAGAAAUUGAGCUCCCUGGUUCCACUGUGAAGCUUCGCUACCUGAGCUCCAGGACCGCAGGCUAUAAGUCUCUGUUGAAGAUCACCAUGACCCAGUCCACGGUGCCCCUGAAUCUUAUCAAGGUUCAUCUGAUGGUAGCUGUAGAGGGGCACCUCUUCCAGAAGUCAUUCCAGGCCUCUCCCAACCUGGCCUACACCUUCAUCUGGGAUAAGACAGAUGCAUAUGGCCAAAGGGUUUACGGACUCUCUGAUGCUGUUGUAUCUGUUGGGUUUGAAUAUGAGACCUGCCCCAGUCUAAUACUGUGGGAGAAAAGGACAGCCCUCCUUCAAGGAUUCGAGCUAGACCCUUCCAAUCUCGGUGGCUGGUCCCUGGACAAACAUCACAUUCUCAAUGUUAAAAGUGGAAUCCUACACAAGGGCACCGGGGAGAACCAGUUCCUGACCCAGCAGCCUGCCAUCAUCACCAGCAUUAUGGGCAAUGGCCGCCGACGAAGCAUUUCCUGUCCUAGUUGCAAUGGCCUUGCCGAAGGCAACAAGCUACUGGCCCCAGUAGCUCUGGCCGUUGGAAUUGAUGGGAGCCUCUUCGUUGGAGACUUCAAUUACAUCAGGCGCAUUUUUCCUUCUCGAAAUGUGACCAGCAUUUUGGAGUUACGAAAUAAAGAGUUUAAACAUAGCAACAACCCAGCACACAAGUACUAUUUGGCAGUAGACCCUGUGUCCGGCUCUCUCUACGUGUCUGACACCAACAGUCGGCGAAUCUACCGAGUCAAGUCUCUGAGUGGAGCUAAAGACCUGGCUGGGAAUUCAGAAGUGGUGGCAGGGACUGGAGAGCAGUGCUUGCCCUUUGAUGAAGCCCGCUGUGGAGAUGGGGGGAAGGCUGUGGAUGCAACCCUGAUGAGCCCUCGAGGUAUUGCAGUGGACAAGAACGGACUCAUGUACUUUGUUGAUGCCACCAUGAUCCGGAAGGUUGACCAGAAUGGAAUCAUCUCCACUUUGCUGGGCUCCAAUGACCUCACUGCUGUCCGGCCACUGAGCUGUGACUCCAGCAUGGAUGUGGCCCAGGUUCGCCUGGAGUGGCCAACAGACCUUGCUGUCAACCCCAUGGACAACUCCUUGUAUGUUCUUGAGAACAACGUCAUCCUUCGAAUCACUGAGAAUCACCAAGUCAGCAUCAUUGCAGGACGCCCCAUGCAUUGCCAGGUUCCUGGAAUUGACUACUCACUCAGCAAACUAGCCAUUCACUCCGCUCUGGAGUCAGCCAGUGCCAUUGCUAUUUCUCACACUGGGGUCCUCUAUAUCACUGAGACCGAUGAGAAGAAGAUUAAUCGUCUACGCCAGGUAACAACAAAUGGGGAGAUCUGCCUCUUAGCUGGGGCAGCCUCAGACUGUGACUGCAAAAAUGAUGUCAAUUGCAACUGCUACUCAGGAGACGAUGCCUAUGCGACUGAUGCCAUCUUGAAUUCCCCAUCAUCCUUAGCUGUAGCUCCAGAUGGUACCAUCUACAUCGCAGAUCUUGGAAAUAUUCGGAUUAGGGCGGUCAGCAAAAACAAGCCUGUUCUUAAUGCUUUCAACCAGUAUGAGGCUGCAUCCCCCGGAGAACAGGAGUUGUAUGUUUUCAACGCUGAUGGCAUCCACCAGUACACCGUGAGCCUGGUGACAGGGGAGUACUUGUACAAUUUCACAUAUAGUGCUGACAAUGAUGUCACCGAAUUGAUUGACAAUAAUGGGAAUUCCCUAAAGAUCCGUCGGGACAGUAGUGGCAUGCCCCGCCACCUGCUCAUGCCUGACAACCAGAUCAUCACCCUCACCGUGGGCACCAAUGGAGGUCUCAAAGUCGUGUCCACACAGAAUCUGGAGCUUGGCCUCAUGACCUACGAUGGGAACACUGGCCUCCUAGCCACCAAGAGUGAUGAAACAGGAUGGACAACUUUCUAUGACUAUGACCACGAGGGCCGCCUGACCAAUGUGACACGCCCCACGGGGGUGGUGACCAGUCUGCACCGGGAAAUGGAGAAAUCCAUCACCAUUGACAUUGAGAACUCCAACCGUGAUGAUGAUGUCACUGUCAUUACCAAUCUGUCUUCAGUGGAGGCCUCCUACACGGUGGUACAAGAUCAAGUGCGGAACAGCUACCAGCUCUGUAAUAACGGUACCCUGAGGGUGAUGUAUGCCAAUGGAAUGGGUGUCAGCUUCCACAGUGAGCCCCAUGUCCUAGCAGGUACCAUCACCCCAACCAUUGGGCGCUGCAACAUCUCCCUGCCCAUGGAGAAUGGCCUAAAUUCCAUUGAGUGGCGCCUAAGAAAGGAACAGAUUAAAGGCAAAGUCACCAUCUUUGGCAGGAAGCUCCGGGUCCAUGGAAGAAAUCUCUUGUCCAUUGAUUAUGACCGGAAUAUUCGGACAGAAAAGAUCUAUGAUGAUCACCGGAAGUUCACUCUGAGGAUCAUUUAUGACCAGGUGGGGCGCCCAUUCCUCUGGCUCCCCAGUAGUGGGUUGGCAGCAGUCAAUGUCUCAUACUUCUUCAAUGGGCGCUUGGCUGGCCUUCAGCGUGGAGCCAUGAGUGAAAGGACAGACAUUGACAAGCAGGGACGAAUUGUGUCCCGCAUGUUUGCUGAUGGGAAAGUGUGGAGCUACUCCUACCUUGAUAAGUCUAUGGUCCUCCUGCUUCAGAGUCAGCGUCAGUACAUAUUUGAGUAUGACUCCUCCGACCGUCUCCACGCCGUCACCAUGCCCAGUGUCGCCCGGCACAGCAUGUCCACCCAUACCUCCAUUGGCUACAUCCGCAACAUUUAUAAUCCCCCUGAAAGCAAUGCUUCAGUCAUUUUUGACUACAGUGAUGAUGGCCGCAUCCUCAAGACAUCCUUUUUGGGCACUGGGCGUCAGGUAUUCUACAAGUAUGGGAAACUCUCCAAGCUAUCAGAGAUUGUCUAUGACAGUACUGCUGUCACUUUUGGGUAUGAUGAGACCACUGGUGUUUUAAAAAUGGUCAGUCUCCAGAGUGGAGGUUUCUCCUGCACAAUCAGGUACCGGAAGAUUGGCCCACUUGUGGACAAGCAGAUCUACAGGUUCUCUGAGGAAGGCAUGGUCAAUGCCAGGUUUGACUACACCUAUCAUGACAACAGCUUCCGGAUUGCAAGCAUCAAGCCCGUCAUAAGUGAGACUCCCCUUCCUGUUGACCUCUACCGCUAUGAUGAAAUUUCUGGCAAGGUGGAGCAUUUUGGCAAGUUUGGAGUCAUCUAUUAUGACAUCAACCAGAUCAUCACCACUGCUGUAAUGACCCUCAGCAAACACUUUGACACCCACGGGCGGAUCAAGGAAGUCCAGUAUGAGAUGUUUCGGUCCCUUAUGUACUGGAUGACGGUGCAGUAUGACAGUAUGGGAAGGGUGAUAAAGAGGGAGCUAAAACUGGGGCCCUAUGCUAACACCACAAAGUAUACCUAUGACUAUGAUGGAGAUGGGCAGCUCCAGAGUGUGGCUGUCAAUGACCGCCCAACCUGGCGCUAUAGCUAUGACCUCAAUGGGAACCUCCAUUUGCUGAACCCGGGAAAUAGUGUGCGCCUUAUGCCCCUGCGCUAUGAUCUCCGGGAUAGGAUAACCAGACUCGGUGAUGUGCAAUACAAAAUUGAUGAUGAUGGCUAUCUGUGCCAGAGAGGGGCUGACAUCUUUGAGUAUAACUCCAAGGGUCUCCUAACAAGAGCCUACAACAAGGCCAGUGGGUGGAGUGUCCAGUACCGCUACGAUGGUGUGGGGCGGCGGGCUUCCUACAAGACCAACCUGGGCCACCACCUGCAGUAUUUCUACUCUGACCUUCACAACCCAACCCGCAUCACCCAUGUCUAUAAUCACUCCAACUCAGAGAUAACCUCACUCUACUAUGACCUCCAAGGUCACCUCUUUGCCAUGGAGAGCAGCAGUGGGGAGGAGUACUACGUUGCCUCAGAUAACACAGGCACUCCUCUGGCUGUGUUCAGCAUCAAUGGUCUCAUGAUCAAACAACUGCAGUAUACGGCCUAUGGGGAGAUUUAUUAUGACUCUAACCCUGACUUCCAGAUGGUCAUUGGCUUCCAUGGUGGACUCUAUGAUCCCCUGACCAAGCUGGUCCACUUCACUCAGCGUGAUUAUGAUGUGCUGGCAGGACGAUGGACCUCUCCAGACUAUACCAUGUGGAAAAACGUGGGCAAGGAGCCAGCCCCCUUUAAUUUGUAUAUGUUCAAGAGCAACAAUCCUCUCAGCAAUGAGCUGGAUUUGAAGAACUACGUGACAGAUGUGAAAAGCUGGCUUGUGAUGUUUGGAUUUCAGCUUAGCAACAUAAUUCCUGGCUUCCCAAGAGCCAAAAUGUAUUUCGUGCCUCCUCCCUAUGAAUUGUCAGAGAGUCAAGCCAGUGAGAAUGGACAGCUCAUUACAGGUGUCCAGCAGACAACUGAGAGGCAUAAUCAGGCCUUCAUGGCUCUGGAAGGGCAAGUUAUCUCGAAAAAGCUCCAUGCCAACAUCCGAGAGAAAGCAGGCCACUGGUUUGCCACCACCACACCCAUCAUCGGCAAAGGCAUCAUGUUUGCCAUCAAAGAAGGACAAGUGACUACCGGCGUGUCCAGCAUUGCCAGUGAGGACAGCCGCAAGGUGGCUUCCGUGCUGAACAAUGCCUAUUACCUGGACAAGAUGCACUACAGCAUUGAAGGCAAGGACACCCACUACUUUGUGAAGAUUGGCUCGGCCGACGGUGAUCUGGUCACACUGGGCACCACCAUCGGCCGCAAGGUGCUAGAGAGCGGGGUAAAUGUGACCGUGUCGCAGCCCACACUGCUAGUCAACGGCAGGACUCGAAGGUUCACCAACAUUGAAUUCCAGUACUCCACGCUGCUGCUCAGUAUCCGCUACGGCCUCACCCCCGACACCCUGGACGAAGAGAAGGCCCGCGUCCUGGACCAGGCGAGACAGAGGGCCCUGGGCACUGCCUGGGCCAAGGAGCAGCAGAAAGCCAGGGAUGGGCGAGAGGGGAGCCGCCUGUGGACUGAGGGCGAGAAGCAGCAGCUCCUGAGCACGGGACGUGUGCAAGGUUAUGAGGGGUAUUACGUGCUUCCUGUAGAGCAAUACCCAGAGCUUGCAGACAGUAGCAGCAACAUCCAGUUUUUAAGACAGAAUGAGAUGGGAAAGAGGUAA